GCGUAAUGAUGACGUAAACUUUAAGCGACAACGAAGUCCAGCGAAUCCUCCCUGCCAUAACGUUCUACCAAUCUCGCCGCGGAAAUGUUGUAUACGUCGCUUUUUUUUUGCAUGCAAGCAGUCUAACCCACUCGAAUGAUAACGCGAUUAUGUAUUUGUAGUUGCUUUUCGUCACGGCCAGUUCCCAACACGGUUCUGAGAGACAAAGCGGAGUGAGAAGAAUACAUGCAGCUGCUGGGCUGUGACAGACCGCGGGAAAAUGUCCUUACUUCCUGUGCAAUGAAGCCUUGGCGCGGCACGCCACUUGUAAACAACAGGCCGUUGAUACGAGAGCAGGUUAGCUUUGGGUGGUCAGGAUUGCAGAAAACAUGGAUUCUAUUGAUGCUCCGGCCUUGUUUGUGCCUGAGGGUAAUGAAGAUUCUGUAGAUAUCUAUGAAGAUCUGGAUUUUGAUUCCACUUGCAAAAAUGUAACUCCAGUAAAGUCAGCCCCGUCUGGGCUUAAGGAGGCUAUGGAUCUUUUUGAAGAAAUUGUCACAGAGGAACAUCAGAGCAAAGAUGCAUCUUACACUGAGUUAAAGUCCAGAUUUCAGGCUGCUCAAAGCCAAAUCACAGAGUUGCACAGAAGACUGGAACAGUUAGAAUCGCAGAACACAGGUCUGUCAAAAGAGAAUUCUCGAUUAAAGAUGAACAUCUCCAUUCUUCUUCAAACUGCCAGGCAGGAGGUCAUAAGGAAGGAUGCUGAGAUUCAGAGGUUGAACCAACAAUCAAGAAAGGGUCUGUAUCUUCAGUCUCGAAACCUGCGAGAUCAAGGCUGCUCCAGUGAGAAUCAGCGACUUGCUCCACCUCCACCUUUGGUUCCUCCAAAUUCAUCGGCCUCACAUCCCUUGCCCCGAGCCAGACUCUUACCUUCAAAACAGAUUGCUCCACGCUCUGCUCCAACUGCUGCCUCAGAGCCUCCUCACCCCACACAUGUCUCAUCACGGAAUCGCCUCCCUCCUCCAAAAGAAACCCCAAAUCUGCCUGACCUGCCACCCCUCCCACCUGCUCCUCUAAGUCAUCCACCCCCUCCUCCACCUUUACCCGUAUCGCCACUCAGGGAGGAGGUUCCAGUUCCACCCAGAAGAGAUACAGAAAAGCACAUAGAGUCAGAGCAGUUUUCUCGUGAUGUCGUAACAAGAGCCUCGCAAAAGGACUGCCACACAUCUGAAAGGCACAAUAAUCAGACUGAUAAACAUAAAGAUAAAAAACACAGAUAUGAUUUUGAGAGGAAAAAUAAUACAACAUCAAAUUCCAGUACUGAGAGACAUGAGAGAAGAUACUCUCACAAAGACCAGACAUCAAAUUCUGGGGAUUCCAAAAGUGGCAACAAAAAGUCUAAUGUUUUCAUGUCAGAAUCAGAUCGAGGUAAAGGUCAUGUUUCAAAAGGAGGCCAGUCCAGAGAAGAGAGAAGAGACAGGACUAGGGACAGACCAAGCAGAGAUUCAGACUCUAAAGAACAUAAGCACCACAGAGACCCCUCUCGAACAGAGUGUAGGCCCUCCAAAGACCGGCAAAGUAGAGAAAGCCGGCAAGAGCGGAGGGAGGAAGAUGAUGGUAGAAGGCAUAGAAGAAACCCUUAUUCAAAAGAGAAGCACAGGUCAAAGGAGCACAAUAAGAAACACUCAAAACCUCCAGAAAUGUUUUCAAAAGGGAAGACUGUUGCUGAGCAGAUUGUUGCAGAGAAUAGCCCCCACAGAAAGCUGUGUUUUAUGGAGACAUUGAAUCUAACUUUGUCUCCGGUAAAGAAGCCUGAAGUAGACUGCGAAGGUGGUCAGAAAGAGCCCAUAGCUGCAACUAAAACACAGGAGGAGGAGAUUCUCUGUCUGCCCAGCAUGGAGGAUAUGUGUGUUAUUGAUGAAGUGGACAGCAGUGACCCAGAGGUGGUAUCAAGGGAGCAUGUAGAACCAAGCGAUAAGGCUCCCAAAACAACACCAGACAAGAGGAAAACUGUUGAGAGUCAGAAAGAGACAGUCAAUAGCAUUAGUACUACUUCUGAAAAUGAGCUUUUAGAAGACAAAUCUGUUGACUCCACUUCUGCUAGUAAAACUACAGAGAUUCAAAAAGACAUUUCAACAAAAUGUAUCAAUGGCCUAAUGACAGAGAAGAGUCAAGAGGCUGUUAAAGAAUCAAAUAUGACUGAAGAUGCCAUUUCACUGAUCCCAACUGAAGCUGCAGAAUCAAAUGAUAUAUCAAAUACUUCUAACAGUGAAGUCAUGGAAGAUGUUGUUUCCAAAACUGUGGAAGGCAAGUGUGAUGUUGAAAAUCUAUCUCCAGAUUUACCUCAAAAUACUCCUCUUGUAUCUUCCCCUGACACUCAGAGUAAAGACGUUUCUAGUCAAGAGACAACCUCUAAAGGAGUGGAGAUGGUGUCCAGUUCUUUGAGCUUGGAAUCUCUGCCUCAAGAAGGUCUUAGUUUACCUGAAGCCAUUAAUUUACUAACACAAAAUAAUGACAGCAAUGGCACAGUUCACCCAGAGUCUACUACUGGCUGCAGUGAGGUUUCUAAAGUGAGCAGUACAACACAGGAGACCUCAGCUUUGGAAAGGUUCACAGAAAUCAGUCAAACGCCAAAAAAGAGUUUCAGCCCAGCCAAGUUCUUCAGCCCAGCCAAGAGCAGUGAGAAGAGCAUCAAGCCAUCCAGCUCAGUGCCUCUUCUCCACGAUGAAGAUUCCAUGAUGCGAACGCUCAGCAGUCUGAAGAGGAUCCCCGAUGCCAUCAGCCCACUCAGGAGCCCAGUCCGGAUCUCCAAGAGAAACCUUCACCAUCUGCAGAAGCCAGGACAUGUCAAAAGCCUGCACAAAGAGUUUUCCAGUGCGCCCCCUGAUGGCACAUCCAAGAAGGUGGAUGUGAACAAAGAAAAUGAGCAGCCAGGCUCCCCAGCUAAAACUGAUCCAGUGGUUUUGGCUGUGCCCUCGGACCCAGAACUGGAGGAAGGGGAAAUCCUGAGCGAGAGUGACGAAGCUACAUCUCCUCUUCCUCCAACCAAAAGGGCCAAGUUAACACGACCCAUCAGAACCAAGGCCAGCCCCAAGUGUUUUCUAAUGAACAAAACGGAGGAGAAGAGCGUUUCUGCUAAGGAACCCAGCGAAUCACCUGGCUUUGUACAAAGCCCACCAAAUAAGAGUCGUUUUAAAACAGUUUGUCCAGCUGCAACCAAAGCUACCUUCUGCAGCAUUGAAGAGGUCAUGGACACAUUCAAGUUGGUGCGCACUGAGAUUCGCAAAAAGUACAUGAAACUACACAAAACUUUUCCAAAGAAAAGCUUCUACGGAGUCAUGGAAAACUUUCAGGAGUCUUUCAUGGAAUUUGUGGACGGUGCAGAUUUUGGUCAGAUCUGUAACCUAACCCAAGAGUUAAAAUCCAAGCUCAAGAAGAUAAUCGUGUCUGUUUUUAGUAAAGUUUUAAAUAAUGGCAUUGUGAAGCGCAUAUUUGAGCAGCAGGCUGUGGACCUGAAGCAGAAACUGUGGGACUUUGUAGAUGUUCAGGUUGACUACUUGUUCAAAGACGUUAACACAGCAUUAAAAAGUAUAUGUAAGCCUGCCAGAUCUACAGUAGAGCACAGAAAUCCGAAGGGCAAUGACAAACGCCGUAAAGAGUCCCCUGUAAAGAGGACAGAACAGAAGUCAUCACCAAGCUUCAGUAAGAGCAAACCCUGUGCCAUAGUGCCUUUCAGAACUGGCCUGGGAAGCAGAGGGAAGGGCAUCCGAAUCACUUUGGAUCAAAGUGACGACACAGACGACCAGAGUGGACCAGAGCCAACUGCUGUGGUCAGCUUUGUCCCACCCACUCCAGAUAAGGGGAACACAUCUUUAGUGGCGUCCGUGUUGGACAAAACUGACUUUGAGCUUCUCACCGAGCAGCAGGCCACCAGUCUGACGUUCAACCUGGUGCGCGACUCUCAAAUGGGUGAGAUCUUCAAGUGCCUUCUCCAGGGGUCCGAUCUCCUUGACAGUAGCACUGCAGCGGUGGAUCAAAGCACAUGGACGCUCAGUACUCCAAGGAAAGAUGGAGAAAGGAUCAUAACCAUCACCACACCUGGUAAAUUCCACUCCCCAUCCAAACUGUUGUCCCCAAACAAAUUUGAGAGUCCUUCCAGGCUGAUCACCACUUGGUCCAGUAUUUCACCACGCAAGAUCUCCUCGCCAAGCUCCACAGUUCUGCUCAACCCGGCCUUGUUUGAUGAAAGUUGCUUGCUGGAAGUGCCCUCGGAAAACAAAACCAUCCAAAGGCCUUAUUCCAUUUUGACAGAAGAUUUGGCUGUGUCACUUACUAUCCCUUCCCCCUUAAAAUCCGACAGUCACCUGAGCUUCCUCCAGCCUCCUACCGUGCAGGUCCUGUCGACUCCAGACAGUGUGCUGAGCGCUCACAUCAGCGAAGAUGCUCUUUUGGACGAAGCCGACGCCACAGAGCACGACAUCCACCUCACGCUUGAUACAGACAAUUCCAGCUGUUGCUCCAGCGCCAGUAUGGGUUCUCAAGAAGCACCUACACAAUUCCUCUUCAAACCAGAGCUCCCCAUGCAAGCGCUGGUCAUGGAGAGGUCCAACGAUCAUUUUAUUCUUAAGAUCAGACCAGCUUCAAGUGCUAAUAGUACUGUAACGGAAACUGAGAGUCUAAGUGAAACGCUAACAGAGGAAAUAGACUGUCAGAAAUGUGAAUCCACCAUUGUUAUAUCAAGUCAGGCACAGAAUAAUACUGUAGAAAGCAUCCAUUCUCCAAUAAAAGACAAUAAUAAAUUGGAUGAACAACACAAAGAUGUGGCGACGCAGGAUCCAAAAAAACACAAUUUAUCAGAAAUGGAGAUGAAAUUAGACCUGUGUAAAUCACAAGCCUCUUCUAACAAUACUGCUCAAAGUCCCACAGUCAAGUCAGUCCACAAGGAUAAGCUGGGAAGAGAUGAGGGCUGUCUGCCAGGCCAGACAGAGGACAGUUCUGAGCUGCUUUUGAGCCAGGCAUCUAGCUCACACACAUCCAACUCUGAGAAAGAAGAGGUGGCUUCCGAAUCAGAGCGCAGUCUCACCAUCGCAGAGGAACUGGAGUCUACACCAGAGAAGUCACAAGUUCACAAAUGCAGGGACAGGAAGAGGAAGAGGAACCAUGGGAAAUCUAAAGCAAAGAAGUGUAGGACUGAUGAAGACAGUACACAAGGGGUUAACUGUGAGGCAGCAGGAGAGGAGGCCCUGUCCCCCAACAGCCUAUCCGCCAAAAACGUCAUCAGGAGAAAGGGGGAGGUGGUCAUGGCCUGGACCAGGGAAGAGGAUCGAACGAUUCUCCUUGAGUUGAAGACCAGAGGAGCUUCUCGGGAGACCUUUUCGUUCCUGUCUGAAAAGCUGGAUAAGCCCUCUGGAGAGAUCGCCCAACGGUUUCACCAGCUCAUGAAGCUCUUUAAAAAGCAGGAGAAGUUAGACACAUGAGAGUGCAAACUGUAUGGUGCUUAUUGAGGACACACUGUCAAUCAGUACAUCUAAAACUGCAGUGCUCAGUGCUGUAACCAAUGUGACCCAAGACCUGCAGAGUAGUCAAACCCCACAAGCAAGGAAGCCUCUGACGAAAUGUGGUUUAUGUUCCAAAAUUAAGAUUCUGAGGCUGGUGGAGAUGUGCAACAGGCAGCAUACACUCUAAUCACUGUUUAAACUGUUCAAUUUCUUGGACCAUAAUAGUAUAGCUGUCGGUGUGCUAGGUUGGCAUCACUGUGACCACAGGAGAUGAUUCCCACAUCUGGUUUUCAUAACAUUUUAAAUCAGUGGCUUUAGUUGCUGGACUUGAAACAGACCAGACCAUUGUGGACAUCAUUUUAUUCUAUGUUUGAGGAGUGAAUUGAUCAAUGUAAAGGUUGUGUCAUUCUUUAUAAUUCUGUUGGUUUGAUUGAAAAACAUUUUGAAAUGUAUUAUUAUGAAUACUGUAUAUAAUUCUUUACUAAAAUAAAGUUUUAUUUAUU